ACCCGCCCGCUCUGCCCGCCCGCCCGCCUGCGCCGAGCCGAGCCGAGCCGAGCGGCCCGGGCUGGGCAGGACCCCGGCCAGCGGCGGCGCAAAAAGCAGGCGGAGGCGCGGGCCAUGCGGCGGCUGGCGCACGCUGGGGCCCGAGCUAUCGUGGACAUGUCGUACGCUCGCCACUUCCUGGACUUCCAGGGCUCGGCCAUCCCCCGCGCCAUGCAGAAGCUGGUGGUGACCCGGCUGAGCCCCAACUUCCGCGAGGCCGUCACCCUGCGCCGGGACUGCCCGGUGCCACUCCCCGGGGACAGAGACCUCCUCGUCCGGAACCGAUUUGUUGGUGUGAACGCAUCUGACAUCAACUAUUCAGCGGGCAGAUAUGACCCUUCCGUCAAGCCCCCCUUUGACGCGGGUUUCGAAGGUAUAGGAGAGGUGGUGGCCUUGGGCCUCUCCGCCAGCGCCACACACACAGUUGGCCAAACCGUGGCCUACAUGGCCCCUGGCUCUUUUGCUGACUACACAGUGGUGCCAGCCAGUGUUGCCACUGCAGUGCCGUCAGCAAAACCCGAGUAUCUCACCCUCCUGGUGAGUGGUACCACCGCCUACAUCAGCCUGAAGGAGCUCGGAGAACUGUCGGAAGGAGGUAGAGUCCUGGUGACCGCAGCCGCGGGGGGGACCGGCCAGUUCGCUGUCCAGCUUGCGAAGAAGGCCAAGUGCCACGUCAUCGGAACCUGCUCUUCUGAUGAAAAGGCCGCGUUUCUGAAAUCUGUUGGCUGUGAUCGGCCCAUCAACUAUCACGCCGAGCACGUCGGGGCCGUCCUGAGGCAGGAGUACCCCGAAGGUGUCGACGUGGUGUACGAGUCCGUCGGGGGCGCCAUGUUUGACUUGGCUGUAGAUGCCUUGGCUACCAAAGGGCGCCUGAUAGUCAUUGGGUUUGUGUCUGGCUACCAGACUCCGACUGGCCUUUCACCUGUGAAAGCAGGAGCAUUACCAGCCAAACUGCUCAAGAAAUCCGCCAGCGCCCGGGGCUUCUUAUUGAACCAUUAUCUUUCUGAGUAUCGAGCCGCCAUGGAUCACUUGCUUAAGAUGUACACGAGCGGGGAGCUGGUUUGUGAGGUGGACCUUGGAGACCUGUCUGCAGAGGGCAGGUUCACCGGCCUGGAGUCUGUAUUCCGGGCCGUCGAUUAUAUGUACAUGAGAAAAAACACAGGGAAAAUUGUAGUUGAGCUACCUCACGCUGUCAACAGUAAGCUGUAAAACAAUGGCGUAAAUAAAAGGAGAAAGAAAAAGGACACUUUAUGCCUCAGAAUUACUCAGAUCAAUUUAUUUUUACUUGGUAAUACGGAGAUAAUAUGCCUUAAAACAAAAUCAAGUUUUAAUGAAAUUUUUCUCUUUCUCUUUUCUUUACUUUUUUUUUUUUUGGCCCCUCCCUUGCGGGGGAAAAAAAAAACUGUGCUAAUAAAACUUCCCUCAGUGGCUCAGAGGUAAAA